GGGGGACUUGGGACUUGGGAUGCUCGCCAAAGAACGAGCAAAAGACCCGACGAUCAAAUCGAAACAAAAAGAAACAAAAGAAAAAUUACUUUCGCACCCAUGACACCACGCAUGACCACGCACGCAUAGUUACAAAACGCUUCACACCACAUACCGACACUUGAAGAAGCAUGCCAUCUUGAGGUUGAGCUUUCACCAUGAAAAUCAAAGCUCUGAGCCGAUCGGUCGAGGAAUAUCAACCAGCAGGGACAGAUGUGGUCAAGUUGCCUCGCAAUCUAGAUUCGGCAGCACAUCCAUUUGAGCGCGCAAGAGAAUACACCAAGGCCCUCAAUGCGGUCAAGCUAGAGCGGAUGCACGCUGCGCCCUUUGUGGCGCAGUUGGGUGCCGGUCAUAUCGACGGAGUCUACAGCAUGGCGAAAGACCCCAACAGCCUACAGAGAUUCGCAUCGGCCAGCGGCGACGGAGCGAUCAAGGUAUUCGACCUCACGACGCGCGACGAGACCUGGCAGACCAAGAGCGCGCACGAGAACAUCGUGCGGAGCGUAUGCUGGACCAAGGACCAGCGGCUCCUCAGCGCGGCCUCGGACAAGACGGUCAAGCUCUGGGACCCCUACAACACGCCGAGCGAGGCGGCGCCGCUCUCCUCGUGGCUCGGCAGCAGCGGCUUCACCAGCCUGUCGACGCACCGCUCCAAGAACGUGUUCGCGGCCUCGUCGUCGUCGAGCUCCAUUGCCGUCUACGACUUGGAGCGCCACAACGCGGCGCCCGAGGUGCUGGCUUGGCCCCACGCCGUGGAUACCAUCAACGCUGUGGCGUUCAACCAGGUCGAGACGUCGGUCUUGGCCGGGUGCGGGUUGGAUAGGUCGAUCAUUCUGUUCGAUCUGAGGACGUCGAUGCCGUUGGCCAAGACCACGUUGAGCUUUACCUGUAACGCCAUUUCGUGGAAUCCUAUGGAGGCGUUUAACUUUGCUGUGGGCAGCGAAGACCACAACAUUUAUAUCUUCGACAUGAGAAAAUUGGGCAGGUCACUGAACAUUCUAAAAGACCACGUGGCAGCGGUCAUGUCGGUCGAGUUCAGCCCGACAGGCGAAGAACUCGUGUCCGGGUCGUACGACCGCACGAUCCGGCUCUGGAACCGCGACAAGGGCCACUCGCGCGACAUCUACCACACGAAGCGGAUGCAGAGGGUGUUCAGCACCAUGUUCACCCCCGACUCCAAGUACGUGCUCUCCGGGUCGGACGACGGCAACGUGCGGCUGUGGCGGACGAACGCGUCGGAGCGGGCCGGGAUCAAGACGGCGCGCCACCGCCAGGCGCUGGAGUACAACGACGCGCUGGUGGAGAGGUUCGGCCACAUGCCCGAGGUGCGGCGCAUCAAGAGGCACAGGCACGUGCCCCAGGUCGUGAAGAAGGCCGGCGAGAUUAAGAAGGAGGAGCUCAAGGCGAUUAAGAGGAGGGAGGAGAACGAGAGGAAACACUCGAGGAAGAAGUUUGAGAAGAGGCGGAGUGAGCGCGAGAAGAUGAUAUUGGGGAGUCAAAAGUGAAGAGAAGACGAAAAAAAAAAUGAGAGACAUGAAGGGCAGUCAAGGCGUUCAGGUUCAAUCUUGGGUUCGGGUCAGGGUUCAUAUUCACUUGUUAUUCUCUCCCUCUUCUUCUUUUCUCUCGGCCUGAGACUUAUCCGCUGCAUUUCCUCGGCGUUGGCACCUUGGGACAAUAGGAAGAGGAACAAUGGUCUGCGCACAUAUAACCUGUAUAUGGCUGAUGAUCCUCAUGCACCCAUGGUAUAAAAUGACCUUCUUCGCACCAUAUUACCACGUGUCUUGCUGAGUGAGCUCUGGGCACUCUUAUGACGGGUUCGUGAGAGAAUAAGAGUAACCAGGUGCGUGGAUAGACCG